AUGCCUGUUCCCUAUCCUCAACAUCCUAUCCCAAUUGAAGCGCUUUCUGAAUAUGACAUUCGGGAAAUACUCUUAGAUGGUCAUGAAAUCCUUGAAAAACCCCUGACUCCUGCUGAAAACUUCCAGAGGAUCAUUAAUCAUAUUGAUUUUUCUGAGAGUAGCAGUUAUGGUGAUAACCUUCCACAGAAUAAAGAAUCUGAUUUUUUUGCAAAGAACUUCACACCGAAAAUUUGGGAAAGUGUUAAGGAGACUCUACGUACUACCAUGAUUGAAAUCAACGCUUUGGUUGAUGUUCUUUCUAUCAUCAAAGAGGGAAAAUAUCUGGCUAUUAAUCCUGUUGCUGAUGACCCGCAAGAAACUAAUCUUUCUCUCUACUUAUCCGGGAAAAAGCGGUCUAUCGCUGCAGCCGCCGAUAUAUUGAUGAAAGGCACUGAGCGUCUUCGCCGUAGACAUAGUGAAUUGGUGGAUGCCAGAGUGCGACGAUUGAAUUCAGUUGUUCCACCUCAAUUCGAUAAUUCUCACAAUUCCUUCCAUAAAGCACUAAUGCGUCUACGCCAAGAAUGGAGACUGAAGUUGCACCAGAAUUCUAUUUUGGGUGAUGUUAGUCUACGGUCAGUUGGUUCUCACUUUAAAGAGUCUGGAAAUUUCGAAAUCCGGGAGUCAGACGGAUUUUCUGAUGGCAAAUCAGAUGUAGAGUCACAAGACGACAAGUGCGUUGAUGCAGUAACUGGAGUUAUGAUAAUUUUCUCUCAGUCUAUGGAAGCUCUUUUAAAUUCAUCUCAUGGACCUGGUUUAUUAAAUGUUGAGUUCCUUGAAUCAGAUAUUAAUUCUCUACCUAUACCAUUGUUGGAGUUCAUAUUUCAUAAACAGCAAAUGUCCUCAUGUUCUAAGGAUCUGUUGUCUUUAAACCAAAGACAAAAGCUUUUCAAAGCUCAGCGACUGUUAGCGUGUCGUGAGAUCUUAUCUUUGCUUGCUUGUGAAGCAUGUACUUCAAAGGAAUACAGCCAUUUAACUGGUUCUGUCGCUUUUGCCACUCAGGAUAAAAUCAUAGCUACAUUAUUCCCGGGAGUACAAAUAUGUUUGUCGUCCACUGUUAACCCUGCAGUUUUUAGUGAGGACAUAUCGGGUGAUGAGAAAACAAGAUUACCAGAUAAGAGACUAUCUGAUUGUACAAAUUGUAUAAACUUGCAACUGCAUCGUAUGCUAUCAGGUCAACAUCGUUCAGUGUGGCCGAAUCUUGCUAGUUUGCCUCAACCAACCUGUGGUCCUGUAGAGAUCCCUUUGUGCUAUCGUGCAGGUGGUGCAAAUGGAUUACCCGCUUCAAGAUUUUUGUCAGUAUCGCAUAACACAAAGUUUGCUUCUGGAUUUUCUGUCUCUGUUGCUAGUGUCUCUGGUUUUGCUUCUCAAGCUGCUUCCGCUUUGUGUGUUAUUCACUCUACCAACAAGAUGAACACGAACAGUAUUGAAAAAACAAACACUUUUAGCCAGCGUUCCCAACCCAUCCUUAUUGGUCAAGACCGCUUGUCGCUGUUCACGGAAUGGGGACACUCACUUCCUAGUGGGGUCUAUGUCCCCUCAGUUGGUUUUCGUCAUGGAGCGUCAAGCUGUAUUGAUGACUCAGUUCCCGGCGCAAACGACGUUGCUAUGCUAGAAUAUACCCUAUUAUCUCGAGGGGUUGAUAAAGACACAAUGAAAACUGUUCUUGGCACAAAUCCGUCGUUACUUAGCCGAACCAUCGCCAUCUGUCGUCACCACUAUCUUCGUGAUCAAGUAUAUUCCAUCAUAUCCGAAAUUUCGCAAUGCUCUCCUAUUAAGAUUAUAGCUCAUUGGGAUACCUUCAACUCUGCUACUGAAACAUCAGUCAGAUUGUGUUUCUAUUGUACAGACUAUGAUGCCUAUCGUUCGUGGUUAGGUAUAACAGUUACACCUAAUGGUCUUGUAGUAUUAUAUGCAGACCCUCCUAGAACAUAUCAUUUGGGUAUGGGUUUAAAUAAACUCAAAGAUGUUUUAAGUAAUCAGGUAUUAUAUACACAAAUGAAUUAUUUGGAUAUUCUAGCCAUAAAAAUUUUAGGCUGGGUUCGAUUAGGAAACAAUCCAUUUUCAGCAGUAGCUAAUCCUGAAGAGAUGGGUGAUGGUCCAGUGAUGGUAAAAAUGUUUGCAUCUCCUUCUGCUAAAUAUUUGAUUUGUUUACGCGCAAGUGCUGUCACAGGCAUCCGAAUGUUUGUUUCUCAUUGUAACCCAAGUGAUUAUCAAUUAAUGAACGACCACAAAAACAUUUCUUCAAAUCAAGACUUUCGUGAAGUAUAUCUUUCUCGUAUAUUUGGGAAAAGUUUAGUGUCUAAAGUUGAAGCACUUAUGACUUUGUUAUCCUAA